GGCAGUGACGCUUGCUUUGCGCCCGAGCCGGCCCCUGGGAAACUUAGUUGGGAAACCCUGUUCUUUCUUUCGCGAUCGCUUUUGCUGAAGGCGCCAUGCCGGCCAAGGGGCCCCUCCAGAGCGUUCAGGUUUUCGGCAGGAAGAAAACUGCUACUGCAGUUGCUCACUGCAAAAGAGGAAAUGGACUUAUUAAGGUGAAUGGACGGCCUCUGGAAAUGAUAGAACCUAGAACUCUACAAUACAAACUGCUUGAGCCAGUACUUCUUUUGGGCAAAGAGCGCUUUGCAGGAGUUGACAUAAGAGUCCGUGUGAAGGGUGGUGGUCAUGUGGCACAGAUUUAUGCAAUUCGGCAGUCUAUUUCCAAAGCACUGGUGGCUUAUUACCAGAAAUAUGUUGAUGAAGCAUCUAAGAAGGAGAUAAAGGAUAUCCUCAUCCAGUACGAUAGGACCCUUUUAGUUGCUGAUCCUCGACGUUGUGAGUCCAAGAAGUUUGGUGGACCUGGUGCUCGUGCACGUUACCAGAAAUCUUAUCGUUAAAAGGAAACUUUUUUGUGUAUUUGAAAUAAAGAAUAACAUUUAAUAA